ACAAGAGUUGCAAUUCGCGUUGCUCAGUAAACCUGGAGAUAGCUGCUCUUAAACUUGAAUCUGCAUAAAAUAAAGCGAGUACUGGAAUGGAUGUGCCUAAAGCAAAAUUAUAGCACUUUCUUAUGUACCUAGAAAGUGACAUAAAGGAAGCAAGUGUUAUGAGUUUCUGCUAUAAGUUCAGGAUCAGCAAGCUCAAUGGAAAAAUAGUAUCGCUUUGUCAAAAAAGAAAUAUUUUUUAGAGCUUUCAAUCUAAUUUCUCGUAGAUCGUUCGAGCUGGGCCCUAAUCCUAUUAUGUCUAAGGGAUUUCACCAAAAGAAAGAUAAUUUAAAAACGAUGAACGCUUUUCAGUACCAGCUUAUAAAAACCUUUUUCCUUAUGGAAUUUAUUCUACGGAAAACACUGGAAAAGAACGACUACGAGAUUUGUAUGUUUCUUGGUAAAUGGCGACUUCUGAGGAAAACAGCUGUAUCGAAAAGUACUGGAACUAUUACAAAGCUACAUUCAAAACUAUUAUUUGUUACAAACUACACUACUAAUAGUCACCAUCUAGUCGUAUAAACGCUAGAAAUGCACCAAAGGAUAAUAGCAGAAAUUUUCUUUUUAUUGUUUUGACGAAUAUAUAAAGAACAAAAAAAACAAAAUUUUUCCAUAUGCCAAUGCAAAAUGCAAAACAAGUUGUCACUCAGCUUGGACUUCUACCUUGGCUUCCAGUAGUUGACCUUACCAACAACACCCUACAUUGUAGGCUUUUCUUUAAGCGAGACAUUUCCGUUUCUUUGUAUACGAAGGGAUUCAUUGCUGAGAAAUCCGAACUGUGAAGCAUUGUAAUAUUUGGUUAAGUUUGGAAGCUACGGAAAACUAUCUAGAAGAAGAUGUUGGACAUCAAUUUGUUUCAGGUGGAAAAGGGAGGAAACCCAGAUCUAAUCCGCGAAUCUCAAAGAAAGCGCGGUGCUGAUGUUGGUGUCGUGGACCGUGUUAUUGAAAUGUACAAGGAAUGGGUCUCUCUUCGUUUUGAGCUCGACAAUACCAACAAGUCUAUGAAUCGCGUGCAAAAGGAAGUUGGCAUGAAGAUGAAGGCUAAGGAAGACGCUUCUGAGCUUUUAGCUGAAAAGAACUCCUUGACUGAGAGAAAAAAGAGCUUGAUUGAGCAAGAGACUGCCAAAAACAAGGAGAUGCUUACUGUUGUCCAGUCCAUUGGUAACAUCGUUCACGACUCUGUCCCUGUUAACAUGGACGAAGACAACAACGAAGUGAUCCGCACUUGGACUCCUGCUGGUGUCACCGUUGAGAAGAAAGAUUGCCUUUCCCACCACGAGGUAUUGACUCGCUUGGAUGGUUAUGAUCCUGAGCGUGGUGUCAAGGUUGCUGGCCACCGAGGCUACUUCUUACGUCAAUACGGUGUCUUUUUGAAUUUGGCUUUGAUCCAAUUCGGUUUGGACUUUUUGUCUCAACGUGGUUACACCGCCUUACAAGCCCCUACCAUGCUGAACAAAGAAGUCAUGGCUAAGACUGCUCAAUUAGAACAAUUCGAUGAAGAAUUGUACAAGGUAGUUGAUGGCGACGAGGAACGCUACUUGAUUGCUACCUCUGAGCAGCCUAUCUCUGCUUACCACAGUAAUGAGUGGUUUGAAAAGCCUGCUGAGCAACUUCCUCUCAAGUACGCUGGUUAUAGUACCUGCUACCGUCGUGAGGCUGGUUCUCAUGGACGUGAUGCCUGGGGUAUUUUCCGUGUCCAUGCUUUUGAGAAGAUUGAGCAGUUCGUUUUGACCGAGCCUGAGAAGUCUUGGGAAGCUUUUGAUGAUAUGAUGAACCAUGCUGAAGAUUUCUACAAGGCUUUAGAAAUCCCCUUCCGUGUAGUCUCCAUUGUCUCUGGUGCUUUAAAUAACGCCGCUUCUAAAAAGUAUGAUCUUGAAGCUUGGUUCCCUUACCAGAAUGAGUUCAAGGAGCUUGUUUCUUGCUCCAACUGUACAGACUACCAAUCUCGUAACUUGGAAAUUCGCUGUGGUGUGAAGAAGAUGGGUGAUCGCGAAAAGAAAUACGUUCACUGCUUAAAUUCUACUCUUUGUGCUACCGAGCGUGCCAUUUGCUGCAUCAUUGAAAACUAUCAAACUCCUGAUGGUGUUAAUGUUCCUAAGGCUCUUCAACCCUAUAUGGGCGGAAAAACUUUCUUGCCUUUCACUAAGGAGCUCCCUAAGAACUCUACUUCCAAAAAGGGAAAGAACUAAGUUAUAGAUAGGUUUGGUUUAGUAAAUUUGUAUUCAUAUCUAUAGACGUAGAAGCUUUGCUGAAAUGGAAUAGACUGAACCGGACUCCACCGGCUGGACUAAACGUAGGAGAACAUUCCCUUUUAUCUUUCCUUACCUACCCAUAGUGCAGUGUCCCAGUGUCAGGAUAACAAUGGUAUCGUUUGCUUCUUGGUAAAUUCUUAUUCCAUGAACUAGUCAACGGAUUCAUUACAAAUUCCUGUUUUCCCCAAUUCUACAUUUCUGUUUUUCUUGUUUUUAUAAUUCAACCCAAAAAUUGCUAUGCUCUUAAUUUUCUAAUACAACCAUCUACUUAUAAGCCAAUUGAGGGACUUGUAUAACUGAAGCCUUCCAUAAAGCAAUGUUUCCCAAUUUGAUUUCCUUCUCCCUUUCUUUCUCUCUCUUUAAGACUUAAACAAUUCACGAGUUUCACGA